AAACACUUGGAACGUGGAACGUGUGGGAACGGAAAGGGCUUUAGCUGAGCGCACUUAACUGAGCGAGCGAGCGAGCGAAGUACGCCUUUGAGCCAAGCUAAGCUGCGCUUUUUGUUUUUGGGCUGGGUGUGCCUCGGCAGUGUGUCGAGAACGCGUGAGCGGCCAACACGUAAACGACGCGUUGUGAGCUGCCCCAUAAGAAAAGAAAAUACAAAAAUCAGUUAUAACUAAAUGAGAAAAAGCCAAAGCGAGAGCGGCGCUACCAACAAAAACAACGAGAACAGCAGCAGCAGUCGUGCCGCAACAAUUCAAGUGUGAAUUGUUAUUGAGGUUAUGUAAGCGGCAAGCAAACCAAACGCAAACGUAACUCACAAAACACAAAACGUAGUCAGUUAGAUUGCUAAGCGAAACACGUUCAAUUACAACAAUUCCAAAUACGCGUCAAUCACACACACACAGAUACACAAACACAACUCACGCGCAAACUCGCACAUUCCUAAGCCAAUGGAGCACGAGGCCAAAGCGCAGGCGCAGACUUCGUCGGCAACGUCGACGUCGACGCCAACGUCACAUCCACUGCAGGAUGUGCCGUUGAAUGCAGCUGAUGACGUACAACCGACGCCCAAAAAUUGGGUUAAAUUCGACGACGACACCGACAUCAGUGAAAAAAAUAAUAACAGUAACGGUGGCGACGGCAGCGGCAGCGGCAGCGGCGAUGGAGACAGCAAUGCCACACAGCAGCAACAACAACAACAACAAAACAAGUUGUCGCUGCCGCCACCACCACCAUCAGUGGUGAGCAGCAACAACAACAGACGCGCGCGCUCGCGCAGUCCCAAUGACCAGUCAACAGCAGCAGCCGCCGCAGCUCCAAUACCUGUGCAGCGGACUGCAGUUUCCUCCACAACAGCUGGCACAUUGUCGUCGUCGUCAACGUCGUCGUUGCCGGAUGUGACGCCCGCUGUUUUGACAACUGAGAGUACGCACGUUAAUCUCAAUGCAUCCGGCAGUGGCAGUGGCAGCAGCAGCAGCAACAGCCCUCCUCGUCACUCACAGCAGCUAAUAAACCAAAAAGCAUCUGCAGCAUCGUCCACAUCGACCGCAACAACAUCAGCGUUAGCCUCAGUCUCAUCAUCGCAGGCUGCUCCAUCUCUGUCCUCGUCCACUCAUCCCAAUAGCGGGGCAUCUAACAACGGCAGCGCUAAUGCUCAUGGCAAAAGCGUCAGCAUUCCUGUGGAUCAGGCCUCCGGAAUGCGCACAAUUGAGCUGUCAACGGGUCGCAUUCGUGAAGGAUUUGCUAACGGAGAUGUGAUUGUCACCCUGCUGCCGGCCAACACCAAAUGGCCUUGGAUAACUCCCGCCAUAUUCCGUCCCGAGCUAGUUCCAGAAGAGCUGAUGGCUCAGGGUCUGACGCUCACUGUGGAGGACUAUGUGAAUGCAAUGGAGACGCUGGUCAAUGACUAUCGCUUCACAGUGUACAACAUUUGCUAUAAGCGGAUCCUUGUCUGUUGGAUACUGUUUGCGUUCGCCGUGCUGCUGGCGCUGCUCUUCUCAGGGCUGCAGGGCGUGGCAUUGUUUGCUCUCGGCGUCGGCUGGCUCUUCCUUAAUGCGGCGGCCAUCUUCCUGUGCAUGUGGAUGAAGCUGCGACUGUCGCGUGGUUUGGAGAAGUGUCUGGCACGCGUGAACAAGCAGCUGAUGAGACAUAAGAUUCUACUGGUACUGGAUGAUCGUGGUCGCAUCUCCUGCCACAAGGUCAACCUGUGUUUCAUGUACUUCGAUGCCACGCAGUGUGUGAGCUUCCUUAACGAAUUCCUCGAGCACACCGAGCAGAAUGGCGGCGAAGCCAUCAAGGCUGGCUGGGAGGCCAAGCUGGACAUUGAUGUGAACGACAUCGUUAUCCAGGGCAGUCAGCCAGUGCGUCUCUCUCGCAAGCAGGAACGUGGUCUUCAACUAUACCUGCGCUAUGGGUCCCGCUGGGGCAUGGAAGCAUUGCGGGGAUUGGUCGAUGUUACUCCUCUGGAGCCCGGACGCCAUUGCGGCCAAUUCCAGUGUCCCUGUCAGUAUAUUAAGGAGCAUUUGCAGUGCAAACCACGAGAUGUUAGUCCAUAGUCAAGGUAAAAUUGGUAAUUUUUGGUAUAAAUGUAUGCUAUUUAAUCCCCUUCCUAUGUACUGCAUUUAACUACAUUCGAAUAACCUUUAAACUAAUUAAGUUAUACAAUUCCUUAUACAAUGACAUAUCUUUUAAUGCGAAUCCUAAAUCAAAUACACAAACAAUUGCAGUAUCCGUAAACAGCAUGGGACAAGUAGUUUGGACACGUUUUCCCAUUUUUGGUGGCUAAUGAGUUUUUGCCAAAAAGAAAAAAUUCCA